UAUGCCCAACCGUCUAAAAAGAUUGCACAACGUGGUCCAAGUUCUCGAUAAAUUUAGGGUCAAGUUUAAAAAAAUGAGCAAUUUUGUAUAUUUCAAUCCAUCAACUUCGGAGAAAGAUUAUGUUCUUAGUGAAAUAAUAAAGCUCAUACUUCAAUCGGAUGAGUUACCACCUUCAAAUGAAUGCCUUCAAUGGUAUACACAGUCAAAAGAUAAUGAAAACGAAUCAGAUCGAAUUCUAGGACAAGAAACGAAAUAUUUUACUUCAUCAUCUUAUGACAAACUGACGAAUAAAAUUAUUGAUAACUUACUAAAUCAUAAUUUUGACGACGUAUUAAGUAAUUUACUAAAACAAAUAACGUUACCAACUAAUUCACAAUAUGCCAGACACGGAUUUUCAUUCUUUCGAUUAGCUUUGGAAUGUUUUAGACGAAAAGGUGAGGAAAGCCUAUCUGAUAUGUCAGAGCUAAUUAAAUUAUUAGUUCGCUGGACUAUCGUGUCUAGAGAACACGUUAUUAUUGAAUAUGCUAGAAUGUUAGAACAGUAUGGAGAAUAUGAACAAGCACAAGCAUCCUUUAUAAAAACUAAAAAAUCGGGUUUAAAGAAGGCGUCACAAUGGGAGAAAGAAUUAGAAACACUGUACUUAGGUCAAAAAGCCGUAUCGGAAUAUUUGCUUGCAAUAAACAGAUACUCUAGUAAAGUUGUUAUGGAAAAUUCUACCGAAGAUUUCGAACCUCCAAAUAAAAAGCGACGAAAAAAUGAUACAAACAAGAUUGUACAAUCAACAAUAUUAUCUAAAGUUUUACCCUAUUUUGUAAGAAUAUUGGAUAUGCCAAGUGCGAAUUAUGACUUUUAUACCAAACUGAGCGUAGAGAUUAAAUGUAAUAAUGGACAGUUGGAAGAUGCUAUAAAGUUACUAAAAGCCUACUCACUAAAAAAUCCAAGAAAUCCAACUCCGUUUCGCGAAUUAUACUCAUUAUAUCUGAAAGACUUGGGAGAUGUAAAACCGGCUAUAGAAUAUUUAGAGAAGUUUUGUCAGCUUUGCCCUAGCGAUGAUCUUUGCAUAGAAUUAUGUGAAAUGCAGAUGAGACACGAGUACAGUUCUCUCAUUUGCAUCAACGUACUUAUGAAAUAUUUGGAGUAUCCUUGUAACACCGAUAAAAGAAAAGCUUGGAAAUUUCUUGCAGCGUUACUUUUGGAUAUAAUGGACAAGUUCGUUAACCUAAUCUAG